AUGGCCAAGGAAUUGGGGGUGCCUUUGCCUCCAGAGAAGACGGAGGGGCCUAGUUCCCUUCCGACCUUUUUAGGAAUUGAAUUAGAUACAGUUAUGCAGUGUUCCCGGUUGCCAGUGGACAAAUUGUCAUCACUGGGGAAUACGAUUCAACAGGUGGCUGGGAUGGAGCCCAUACUGACAAAAUCUAUCUGGUACGCCUUCACGGCCUUGGACGCGGAGAAAAGCGGCAAAGUGUCCAAAUCUCAGCUGAAAGUGCUCUCUCACAACCUCUACACUGUGCUUUGCAUCCCUCAUGAUCCUGUGGCACUGGAGGAACACUUCAAGGAUGAUGAUGAUGGGCCAGUAUCAAGUCAGGGGUAUAUGCCAUAUCUCAACAAAUACAUCCUGGAUAAAGUAGAAGAAGGUGCUUUCGUCAAAGAGAGUUUUGAUGAGCUUUGCUGGACAUUGACAGCAAAGAAGAAUUACAAGCCAAACCGGAAUGGGAACAGUGUUGUACCCCAUGAAGAUGCUUUCAAACUUUGGUGUCUCUUUAACUUCUUAUCGGAAGACAAGUACCCUCUUGUUAUGGUUCCUGAUGAGGUGGAAUACCUCCUGAAGAAGAUCUGUACAGCCAUGAGCAUUGAGCUCAGCAGUGGUGAGUUAGAGGACUACUUUUCCCAAGAAGCCCAACAACAGAGUGGUUUGACAGUCUGGCAAUUUCUUGACUUGGUUAACUCAGGCCGGUUUUUACGGGGAAUUGAGCGUGAGGCCAUUAGUAUGGCUGUUGAAGAGGUCUACCAGGAGAUCAUUGGAGAUGUGCUCAAACAGGGCUAUCUGUGGAAGAAAGGUCAUCUGAGGCGGAACUGGUCUGAGCGAUGGUUCACCCUAAAACCCAGUGAUCUCUCUUACUAUGUGAGUGAGGAACGGAAGGAGAAAAAGGGGAGCAUUUCUUUGGACAGAAACUCAUGCGUGGAGAUCUUGCCCGACAAGGAUGGGAAACGGUGCAUGUUCUGUGUAAAAACAGCUUCUCGGACUUAUGAAAUGAGCGCCUCCGACACCCGGCAAAGGCAGGAGUGGACUCUUGCCAUCCAGAUGGCGAUCCGCCUCCAGGCAGAGAGCAAGAAGUCCCUGCACAAGGAUUUGAAGCAGAAGAGGCGGGAACAGCGAGAGCAGCGAGAGCGAAAGAAGGCCGCCAAGGAGGAGGAGAUGCAGCACCUGAAGCACCUGCAGGAGGAGAAGGAGCGCAAGCUGCAGGAGCUGGAGCUGCUGAAGGAGGCCCAGCGCCAGGCCGAGCUCUUGCUCCAGGAGGAAGAGCAGCGGCGCCAGCAGCAGCAUGAGGAAAUGCAGAGGAUGCUGGAGAUACAGUUGCAGGAGGCUGAACAGGCUCGUGCUAACACGCAGGCUGAGAUGGUUCUGAAAGAGGCAGAGGCGGAACGUCAGCGCAAGCGCAUCACAGAACUGGAGGAGAUGCAACAACGACUCCAAGAUGCACUGCAGCAGGAGGUUAAAGCUCGUCAGGAUGAAGAGUCUGUGAGAUAUGCACAAGCCAGGCUGUUGACUGAAGAGGAAGAAAAAUUGAAGCAGUUGAUGAAGCUGAAGGAAGAGCAGGAGGAGUACAUCAUCAAGGCCCAACAUGAAAAGCUGGUCCUCAAGCAAGAGAUGGAAAACAAGAGCAAGUUUCUGGAAGAGGCCCAACAGCAGCUGGAAGAAGUGAGAGUUAACAGAGAAAGGGUGGACCAGGACGUCAUGUUGGCCCAGCAGAAGCUCCAACAAGCCAGCACGAAUGUAAAACACUGGAAUGUUCAGAUGAAUCGGCUGAUGCACCCCAUUGCCCCAGGAGACAAGCGUACAGCAGUGAGUGGAGGGUUCCCUGGUUUCAGUCCUGCACUCCUGUCCAGGAGAGAUUCCUCCCUCAAACUGAAGCAGAAUCUGGAAAAGAAGAAAUCUGAUUAUUCUUUUAUGAAGAAUGGAAACCAGGAAAACCUAAAUGGAGAGACUGAGAAGCAGCUGCAGGCAUCUGAUAAGAAAAAUCCUAGUUCAGAAACUCUCUGAUUAGCUACAGAAGUGAUGCAAACCCACUUGUUGAAGUUUAGGGACCAGGAAUUAGACACCACAACAGCCUGAAAUAGCUGUGGUUAUAUACAUAUGAGUACUGAACAGAUGUAAAGAUUGUAUAGGGAAGUAUGGUGAUGAUUCUAGCACCUGAUGUAUAUAAAAUGGACAGAAUCCAAAAUACAUGAAUAUGGUUCUUUGGGGUUACAGUUCCCACUGUGGCACACUUUAUUUGGCCUCAGCAGAAGAUGAGAAAUCCUGGUCACACUGUCUCAUACUUUGCUCUUACUGGCACGAGGAAUUCCUAACGGCUGCUGUUGCUGGUUACCACCACUGUAAUAUGCCAAGAAGUUUGUCAUUCAUUCUCUUUAAAAGUUUUUUUUUUUAAUGGUAAAAUCUAUAUUAUGCACUAUUGUGGUUUGGAAUAUGUUCAUAUAAAAAAACUAGGCCCUGUUUCUUCAGGGUAAUAUUGUUUAAUUUCUGCUUCUUUCAUUAAUCUUUUAUUAUUUGGCAGCUGAAGCUACUGAACACGUACAGCCAGAGUUUGUGUAAUGAAUUAUGUUUCUAACUCUCUUGAAACCAAUCGGCAACCUUGUCAAAGAGGUUGUCUGGAACAAUCAACUUCAGUGGACAGCUGUGUAAUAUAUAGUAUGAAUUUUAAACUGAAAAUCUGUACUUUUCUUUAGCAAGCAUUAUGAAAUAUAUGCCCCUUUUGUUUCCAAAAUGCAAAGAGCCAGCUAAGAAUUCUUUAGAGAGAGGAAAGGCCCUGGAAGA